UACAAAUCUAUUACAUUUAUUGAGGAUGUUUAAGAAGGAGGUGGCACAGCGUGCUGCAAGGGUAAUGGGGAAUGUUAUCCGGGAACCUAUCUCCAAGAAAGACCAUGAACUGAUGCAGGGUUAUCUGAAGGGACCUCGACAAAUGUCACCUCAGGAAUGCAACUGGAAUGUGCCCACAGAGAAGAUGACUGAUCUUACCAGGGAAAUGAGGAAUGUAGGGAUAGCAGGGGACGGUUACAUGAACUUCAAGGAUAUCAUACAUGGAAUUAGGAAGGCAAAGGGGCUGGGAACUUGGGAAGAUCUCAAACCGGCGAAAGAUUUAGAAAGACAAGAAGUGGGUCUGGACAAACAUAAUUCAGUAAUUCCGGACUUCUCCUUCAACAAAAAGAGACUGGAGGGGGAGACACCUUUGGAUGAUUACCAUCACUGUCAUAACAACCGUCAACUGGGCUGGAAAAAUAUAACGAAAAGAUGGAUUAACGAGUAUUCGGAUCGAGCAGGAGAGAAACCAUUUGUAUUAGGAUACCAAACCUCCAUCGCUGACUUGAAAAAGGACGACAAAUUGGCUUAUAUUAGAGACGUUUCUAGUGUUAAUGCCCGUGGGCUUGGGGUAGGACAUAAACAAAAGAAAGCUGGCGGCAAAAAGAAAUGAUCAGCGAAAUUCUGUUGACAUUGAAUUGUUAUCAACGUAGAUCUCAAAGAUUCUCUUCUACAGUGACGGGACUAGAAUUCUUGGAUUGGGGGAGAACAGUGUUUGUUUAAUCCUGUAACUUAUUUCUUGGGUGACCCGUGACUCGCUACUCAACUAAUGAUAGGAUGAACUUGCCCCAUUUUGGCUGAUUUUGGCAAUGUUUUUUGGAAUUAAGCUAUUGUUUUAUUUUGUGACGAGAUAAAUUAAUGUACUUUGAAGUUCAUAAUUUAUUUAUCACUAUUACC